CUCACCACGUGUCCAUUCCUUCACCGUCCAAAUUCCUUGGGCCUACUUCUCAUCCAACCGUCCUUGAACCUCCACGUCCGUCCACUGUUAUCGACAAAUAAACGGCCUAUGAUAAACCACGUGUCAUACAUGAUAUCAUAUUAACUCUCCAAUCCGACGGACCUCAACACCUCUUCCUCCUCCUCUCUCCACACAGUCACACACCCAUCUCUCUCUUUCCCUCCCGCAGUCUUCUUCUGCAAUUUGCCGGCGAUUUUCUUCGUUUCCCAAUUUACCCCUCCCCCACCCUCUUAUACCCCUUACAUCCUCUAAAACCACUGGUGAAAGUUUGAGAUUUUUGAGAUCUAACUAGGUUUUAUUUUUCUUGAAUUUUGAUUUUAAUGGCGGAUUCAGACAAUGAAUCAGGUGGGCACAACAACAGCAACACGAACAGCGAGCUGUCGGCUCGCGAACAGGAUAGGUUCUUACCCAUCGCUAACGUUAGCAGAAUAAUGAAGAAAGCUCUGCCAGCAAACGCUAAGAUCUCCAAAGAUGCCAAAGAGACGGUGCAGGAGUGCGUGUCUGAAUUCAUCAGCUUUAUUACCGGAGAAGCUUCCGACAAGUGCCAGCGCGAAAAGCGGAAGACGAUCAACGGCGACGAUCUGCUUUGGGCCAUGACCACGCUAGGGUUCGAGGAGUACGUGGAGCCCUUGAAGAUUUAUUUGCAGAAGUAUAGGGAGAUGGAAGGAGAGAAGAGCUCCAUGGGCAGGCAAGGAGAAAAGGAUGGUGCUGGUGGGUCUGGUGGAGGUGGUGCCGCUGCUAGUGGAGGUGGGUCUGGUGGAGGGGUGAGUUCAGGCGGUGUUGGUGGAGCAGGAGGAGGGUUUAAUGGCGGUGGUCAAGGUAUGUAUGGAGGGAUGAUGAUGAUGGGACAUCAUCAAGGGCACGUGUACGGCGCCGGUGGGUAUCAUCAUCAGAUGGGUGUUGGAAAAGGUGGCUCCGGCAACUCGAGGUAGGUGUUAACGACGAGGGUCGUUUUGGGUUUAGUGUUUACUAUAUUCUUAUUCCUUAUUACGAAGAGAUUAAUUAACUUGGUUGGGUCUUCUUUUAGUUUUCUUGAUGAUGGGGGAACAUUGAAGGGAUCAAAUAAUUACUAUAAUGUUGCUUAGUGCUAAGUAUGUACGUAACAUAGAGAGAGUGCUAAUUGAGAGGGGAAUUGUAGAAGGAAGAACUUCAAAAACUAUUUGUAUGAUAAGCAUUAAUGAAAAGAAAAAAAGAAGUUUGUUUC